CGUGAAGCAAACGAGGAAAACGGACAGUUUUAUUCCACAGGACAGUUUCUUCCGAAGGCAGGCCAGACGCGACUGUAGAAAAAAUGAAUUUGUCACUUUACGAGAUGCCGACCGCGUGUCCGAACCCGUUCAUAGGCGGACUCUCGAUGGCCGAUGUCUGCACUACGAGUCCCGUGACUUAUCUCCUCGCUGCGCUGAACACGAUGGCUGCUUACAGUCCGGCUAUCAACGACCCGUGCAACCACGUGAAGCCUAUUUCGAGACCGAGCGUCACUUACGACUUCAUCGUCGUCGGAGCUGGAGCAGCCGGACCGAUCGUGGCCGCCCGACUGAGCGAAAUCAAGAAAUGGUCAGUGCUCCUCGUAGAAGCUGGACCGGACGAGCCACCCGGCAUGCAAAUACCGAGCAAUCUUCAGCUCUAUCUCAACACGGAUUUAGAUUGGAAGUACAAGACCAAGAACGAGAAGUAUGCUUGUUUGGAAAACGGCGGCAGGUGUAGCUGGCCGAGGGGCAAGAAUCUCGGCGGAUGCACUUCUCAUCACGGUAUGGCUUACCAUCGCGGCCACGAGAAGGAUUACACGAGAUGGGUGAAAAUGGGAGCCGAGGGAUGGUCGUGGCAGGAAGUAUUGCCGUACUUCAAGAAAUCGGAAAACAACGAAGACAUCGACAAGUUCGUCGACAAGUUCUAUCAUGGCUACGGAGGCCCGUUGACGGUCGAAAGAUUCCCCUGGCAGCCACAAUUCGCCAAGGACAUCCUCGACGCGGCGGAAGAGACAGAGUUAGGCACCACCAACGACGUAGUCGGCGAGAAGAUCGUGGGUUUCACCGUAGCUCAAACGAUCAGCAAGAAGGGCGUCAGGCUCAGCUCGUCCAGGGCUUACUUGUGGCCGGCCCGGGACCGUAAAAAUCUACACGUAGCUCUGAACGCAACCGCGACAAAAAUCCAUACGAGGAACGUCGGGAAGCAAGUGAGGGCCAGCGGGAUCACGGUCGUCAUGAACGGUCGUACGUACACGGUGAACGCGAGGAAGGAAGUGAUUCUCACCGCCGGCGCCGUAAAUUCGCCCCAGCUUCUGCUGCUAUCGGGCAUCGGGCCGAAGAGGCACUUAGACGCGAUGGGCAUUCGCACGGUCGUCAAUCUACCGGGCGUCGGCGAGAACCUUCACAAUCACGCGUCCUUCGGCGUGGACUUUACUCUGAAUCAAACGGCUGAGGAAGAACUGACCCUGGUUAACGCCAAUUUGUACAUCUUGAAUCAAACCGGGCCGCUUUCGUCUACGGGUCUGGCUCAACUUACUGCGAUACUGACUUCUACCUACACCACCGAAGACGAUCCGGACAUCCAGAUCUUCUUCGCCGGCUAUCAAGCCACCUGCGACACCGGCGGCAGAAUACCGGACUUGCAGACGCACAGUAAAAAUAAGACCAUCCGGUUCACAUCCGUAAAUCUUCAGACAACUAGCAGAGGCCGCCUCACGCUCGACUCGAGGGAUCCUAUGCAGCCUCCGAACAUAUGGAGUAACGAACUAUCGAAAUCCCGGGACCGAAAUAUUAUCUACCAAGGUCUUCAGAAGAUCAUAAAGCUAACGAAUGCGAAAACGUUGCAAAAGUAUGAAUUGAAGUUGAUCGAAGAUUCUGCCCAACAGUGUAAAAAGUUCGGUAAGCCGAUCGAUGGAGGGAUACUGAAUGAAAAAUAUUGGGACUGCCAAAUUCGCUACAAGACUAGGCCCGAAAACCAUCAGGCUGGUACGUGCAGGAUGGGCUCGUACGACAACAGCAUGGCCGUCGUUGAUCCGAAUCUCAAGGUUUACGACGUGGAAGGACUGAGAGUGGCCGACGCAUCCAUUAUGCCGCAGGUCAUAUCCGGCAAUCCCGUUGCUACGAUUCAUAUGAUCGGCGAAAGAGCCGCCGAAUUCAUCAAAAAGGAUUACGGCAUGUUUUAAGCGAUCGAGCGGAAGCAUCAUUGCGACCACGCGCCUGUCAUUUUUAUACAACAACGAAAAUAAGGAAUACGAUUAAACUUUGUUCCGAAGAAAGAAUUUUCAGAGAUAUGACGACUUCGUGAAGUAUUUAAUAAAGACGUAUUCGCGUGCACACGCA